AUGACAAAAAUCCCUAAACACAAGGUUGUAUUCAUUGGUGACCAAAGCGUCGGYAAAUCUUCGUUGGCCGGUCGGUUUAUAUACGAUGUUUACGAGGAGAAAUACCAGCCGACCAUCGGAAUCGAUUUUUUGACUCGUUCAGUAAAAAUAGAUGACUUUGAUGUUCGCUUGCAAGUAUGGGAUACCGCUGGACAAGAGCGUUUCCGUUGCUUGAUUCACAGUUACGUACGAGACUCCGAGGCAGCCCUUAUUGUAUUUGACGUCACUAAUCAUGCGUCAUUUAYUAAUGUACGUCAGUGGAUCAGUAUGGUGAGGCAGGAACGGGGUGAUGACGUCAUUGUUGUGAUAAUCGGAAAUAAAGUUGAUGACGUCGAUAAAAGACAAAUCAGUUACCAGACUGCCUCAACGUUUGCUGAAAGCUAUGGCUACACUUACAUAGAAACGAGUGCGCGCACAGGCUACAACGUGAGACUUCUCUUUACUAAGCUAUCCAAGGACCUUUUAAUAAGACAUUACUCCAAGUAUAAAGUUCUUAACGAAGAAAUCAAGUUAGAUGAUACGGAAAGAGUUAUUUUUGAUAGAGCAACUACAAAUGAUCUUCAUAAUAAAUGUAAUUGCUGA